AUGAAAGUCGUCCAUGCCGUCCAUGCCUACCUGAGCCACGGCAUCCGGCGUGUUAGAGUCUCGCCUGGUGAGACCCUGGAUGCUGUGUGGGACUUUGCCCGCCGCUAUUUCUUCACCCUUGCCUUCUUCUCGUUGUUUUGCGCAAAAUUGCUUCAUCUUUACGCUCACUUGUAUUCCCUCCCCGCUGCGCGCUUCUUCCUCUGGGGUAUCACCUUCUUUUUCCAAGAUGUUGCCAUUCUGUUGCUUUUCCGCACCCUCACCCAAAGGGUCGCGUGGCGACCGGCGGCCGCAGUGUUGGCGCUGCUCGUCAUCCCAUCUAGCUUGAUCGUUUCGUUCAUGGCAUCGGCCAACGCCUCCUUUUACGUCUUUACCGGUGCCGAGAUCCACUGGCGCCAAGCCAAAUCCUUCAACGGCGACGCCGCUGCCAUCCAUACCCUCUUGACCGGAUUAACAGGUUUCCUGAUUGUCGAGGGAAUCUUGUUGACUAUCUCGAUUUUCGCCGCUCGUCCCAUCCAUGCCAUCACCGGAGGAAUCCUACACGUGUGGGCGUGGCCCAUUCGAUGGGUCUUCGAGCGGGUGCGACCGCACAUCGAGCCCCUGCUACAACGCUUCUGGCCCCGGUCUUCUAAGGAGGAUCAGAACCUCCCCGAUCCCCGGAUAUACGAGCAGAUUGCGAUGGAAGACGGAGACAGUGACAACGAAGAAGGCGACCACCUGUUGAACACUCAGCUGCCCAACCCCCUCCCAGAGUCUAAGCGGGUUACCGAUGGUGUCCCUCAACGUGCGCUCAUUCUCGGAUUGUUCAGUCUCUUCUUGCUUCUUCGUUUCCUGCGGCCGUCGAAUGCCGUUUACAUGUAUCUGUCCACCACUCUGCCCUUGAGCACUGUCUUUGAGGGCGGUGAACGUGACUCGCCCGUUGACACCACAGGCAUGCCUGGCUACUUCGAUUAUCUGAACGGAGCCAGUGCCUUGGCCCCGCCGCCUCGCUGGGGCUGGAUGUCGAAUGAACCCUCGGAUGGCUUCAGUGACUGGGACAAGAAUGAUCCAUUGGCCCUCCACUACAACGCGGAGAAGGAUCCUCUGUACAUUUCCAACCUGAACAAGCCCGUACUCGAGGAGGUCCACAAUGCCCUCGCCAGCGGGGAUGUUAAGGUUAAGCACAUUGUCUUCCUGAAACUUGAGAGUGCUCGCAGUGACAUUUUCCCCCUGCAAAAGGACAACUUCAUGUGGAAGCGGAUUGCGGAGACCUGGAAGGACAAGAAAAUUCCUCCCGAGGUGGAAGACCGCAUUGCCAACCUGACUCGUACCGCUGAGUAUUUGACCAACUUCCGCACUGGAUUCGACCACGAUGACAGCCGGUUCCACGGGCGCAAGGCGUACGGUGGUCUCAGUGCCAAGAACGCGAUCACUUCCUCUACUUACACGUUGAAGAGUUUGACGGGUAGUUUCUGUGGCGUGACACCGCUGGUGGCUGACUUCAACCGAGAGUUCGAGCACCACAUCUACCAGCCGUGUCUGCCCCAGGUCUUCGAAACUCUGAGCCAGCAGCCAGACAUCACUAGCGACACAGACGACUUUACUAAAUGGCCCUGGCACUCGACUUUCAUGAUGUCCGUCACUGAACUUUACGACAACCAGGACAAGUUGACACCCCAUCUUGGAUUCAAGAACAAAGAAACCAAGGAAACAAUCACCAAGCCUGAUGCGAAGCACGGCCCCGUCAAGAGCGCCGAGAUCAACUAUUACGGUUACCCCGAAAUUGAACUCAAGGAAUACAUCCGAGAUGCCAUCGAUGAUGCUGAGCGCGACCACCAGCGCCUCUUCCUCAGCCACCUGACCAGUACCACCCACCACCCGUGGGGAGUUCCCAACGACGCCUUUGAGAAGAUCAUGGGCUCUACCGCAGGUCCCAACAACGACCUGAACCGGUACCUAAACUCGGUCGGCUAUGUGGACAACUGGAUUUCCGAGCUCAUUGACGUUCUCGAAGAAAAGGGUGUCAUCGACGAGACCCUCUUCGUUAUGGCCGGAGACCACGGUCUUUCCCUCCCCAAUGACGGCGGUGUCACCCCUUACGACAACCCGCACGUCGGCAGCUUCAAGGUUCCCAUCGUCCUGGCACACCCCAAACUUCCCCCCGUCCAAAUCGAUACCCCUGUUGUCAACAGCCAGAUUGUGCCCACAAUCAUCGACCUCUUGAUCGAGUCCUCAUCCCUGAGCACAGACAGCACUCGUUCCGCGCGUGAUCUCCGUUCCUUGUACGAGGGCCAAUCUUUGAUCCGUCCGCAGGUCGUGGAAGAAGACGGCCGUGAGUCCUGGCAAUUCACCGUCAUGAACACCGGUGGAUCCUGGCUCUCCGUGCGCUCUGCCGCGCGACCCGAUUUCCGUCUUGUCAUUCCCCUCGUCAACGACGUUGAAUGGCGAUUCUCCGACCUUUCCAAGGAUCCCGAUGAGCUGAGCCCAAUUGAGCGCUUCAGUCUUGUGGACCUGGCCACCACAAUCAAGGCGGAUUACGACGAUGAAACUCUCAACUGGUUGUACAAUGCCGCGUAUGUGGCCAACUGGUGGGUUCUCGAGAACUGGGAUCGCUGGAAGUUCUCACCCGAGGCCGAGAAGAACAAGACCGAGUCCACGUGA